UCAAAUGGAACCGUUUGCCGUGCGGUUGUUUGAAGUGUUCAUUUCGAAAGAUCGUAGUAGGCAUGGAAAUUGUAUGCCGUACACGGUGAGCCCCGCCGAAUCGAAACCAUAUUACGUAAUGGAGCCUUUCGAGAAGCUGAACGCACGGACCUCCUCGCCGAUAAAAAACAUAGAAAAUCCGGUCCAAAUGGAACGCACGGCCGUCCUGGAGGACAUUUCAAUGGGGGAGGAUACACCCGACGAGCUGCAGGCAACGGUCGUCGUGCCCGUGGUGCCCGUGGUGCCCGAGGAAGCGGACGAAAAAAUGGAGGCUACUGAGGACAACUCCACGCUGAAAAUGGACGACGCUCCGGCAGAAGAUACGGCGGAGUACGAUUCACUUGAUGACGAGCUGUCUUGGAUGCUCGAUCAAUCAUGGAAUUCCAGGCGCCCUGCUCGUUCGGAUAGCACUCUGGGCAUGCUAUCGAGAUCGAUGUUAAGCUCUAGUGAUGAGGACACCCCGGCCGAAAAAUGGCCGCCAAAUACACCCAGGCAAAAGCGUCGGGUAUCGUUUGAUGAUAGACCGGUAAUUUUCGGUGACAGAGGGGUAAAACGCCCUCACCCCCCGGGCCCAUCGUCGGAUUCGUCCGAUGAUGACGAUAGUUCCUUCUGGGCGUGCUUCCGUCGCAGACAGAAGUCGCCGAAAUCUCCCGACUGUAUUUCCUCGUUGUUGUCUUCCGAUGCGUAUGUGGGAUUACAGGUAGUCAACAGGAUAGGAGAUUCUUCUUCAGAUGUAGGUGAGCUUGAUGUGUACACUGAAGACGAAUCAGACGACGAUGAUGACGAUGACCAUGACGGUGAAGAUGUGGACGAUGUAGAUUUAGACACAGGUGACGACAUAGAAGAUGAUGAAAACGGUAACGUGCUUGGCUUAACGUUCCAAGUGUCUAGAAGUAUAUCUAACGCCAAGGGUCGUGCAGGAUGGUUACAUUCGUGA